GAUUUUUCAGUGUGAUUUUUUAAUUCCGGGGCAAUGCGCGUCGAAAGUUUUUUGAGCGAAAUGCUCGCCCCCUUCGCACCGUAGCUGCCUGCACUGCACGACACGGGACAGCUGAUGAGGAUCCUCCUGCUGCUUGCCGGCCUGGGCAACGCGCGCGCGGGGGCCGCCGAGCCGCCGUGGGACGCGGACGACGCGCUGGCGCGCGCGUUGCGCGUCGACGACUGGAUCCGCAACGCGACGGACGGGCGGGCCGGCGCACCGCCAAACCACUGGCGCGUCACGCACCCGUCGGGGCUCGCGGCCGCGCCGGCUCCCUUUCACUUCACGGCCAACAACACCGUCAAGUUCGUUUUUGCGACCAGCAUAAUGAUCAACGCGACCGCGCGCGCCGUCGUCGUCAAGUCGACCAAGUCCCUGGAAAAAAAGUACGCCAGCGGCCUGCGGCGCGAGGCGCUGUACCUGGAGUACCUGCGGGGCCAGCCCGGCAUCCCCCUCCUCCACGGCGGCUAUUUCGUGAAGGGGACGCUGCAUCUGGUCGUCGAGCGGUGCGGCCGGCAAAUCGGGGACGACGAUCACAGCCUCUACCGCGACUACGAGGCGCUGGCCGCGUCGCGCCCCCGGGCCGUCGCGCGCGCCUGGAUUGAGCUCUUCCGGUCCGUCGAGGGGCGCGGCGGCUUCUUCCUGCGGGACUUCAAGCCGUCGCAGUUCACGUGCGGGGCGGACGCGCGCGGCGCGCCCGCGCUCUGGCUCGUGGACGGGCCGAACCCGAGCGUGGGGCCGCUCGCGGCCGCCCUGCGCGCGCGCCACGCGCCCGCGCGCAUGACGACGCACCAUCGCGACCGAUCGCACGUGCACGACCUCGGCCGCCGCGCGUGGCUGCUGCCCCGGCUCGGCGACCUCGCCGCGGCCGGGGGGGACUCACAAACCGCGUCCCUCCUGAGGGACGCCGUGCGCCGAUGCACGCGCGAGCCGUACCCGACCUACGGCGACCUCCUCGCGCUCCUCGACUCCGACCCGGAUGCCUCCGCGUCGCCGAGGAGAGGGACGUCGAGCCGGGGGGCGCAUGCAGAACUGCCUGUCUACUCUUUCAAGCCGUGCGUAGAAGCCGUGCGUACCCGCAGUACUGUAGGUGCUAGCUCGGUAAAACCCGCGGGAGGCUCGUCCUCCGUGCGCACGCUGCCCCAGCGGAUCGCAAUUGCGACGGCUUGGGGGCGGCCGUCGCGCCGGAAAACCCCCGUUUUACUAGGUGAAGUCCGGGUUCCCGCCCACGAGCCGGAGGCCGUCGAUCUUGAUCCGGGCGUACUCGCGCGCCGUUUUUUUGGCUAAUUGCUCCU